AUGUUCACGAGUUCCGGCGACUCGUGGUGCACGAUGUCGUCGAUUACGAGCAAAUCGGCUCCGCCGCGCGCGUUGCUGACGGCGGCCAUGUUGAGGAAGUGCUCCGCCACGGUGCGUCGCGCAUCUUUUGUUGUAAUUAAACAGCUUCCUGGGAAAACUCGCCAUGAUGGUCGUCUCGAACGUCAGGCGCAGCUGCUUAAAGAUGUACUCGAUAUGCGGCAUCUAGAUCUACCCGGUUUCCACCUGAUUGUGGAAGUACCUCUCAGCGGUUUCACCAUAAAGUGGCCGAGGGAGUCCACCUUGACGUCCUCGGUCCAAGAGAAGCCGCACGGUGCCUAUCCUAGGCUCACAGGGCGCAUGAAGUUGCGUCCCCGGUCGAAAAAUCCGCUGCCGAGGCCCUUGUAA